CCUACUGCGGGGCGACCGUGGUCGGACCCAGGCAUGUCGUGACGGCCGCCCAUUGCGUCUGCAUCGCCGACGACCCUCCGUCCCUACUAUCGCCGAAGUUGCUGAAGGUGUCCGUUGGGAGUAUCAAGUACACAAACGCCAAGAAGAUCCAAGCGGCGGCCAUUUUCGUGCACUCUCUGUUCAACGCAGCCACGAUGGAAAACGAUAUAGCAGUCAUCAAGUUGAAGCAGCUCAUCCCAGUGGGGGAGGAAGUGCUGGUGCAUCCGCUGGCGCUGGCACACAGGAGUCCCGCCCCCGGCACGUCGUGCAACGUCAGCGGCUGGGGCGUCACCACCUUCAAGGGCGUGAAGCCGAGGGAGACGCUGCGCUACGUGGAGGUGCCCGUGGUGGGGGCGGAGGACUGCCGGCGCCAGCUGCCGGGACUGCUGGGAGAAGGCAUGCUGUGUGCCGGGGGCCAGGGCGGCCGGGACGCGUGCAGCGGCGACAGCGGGGGCCCUCUGGUGUGUGACGGCAUGCUGGCCGGGGUGGUGAGCUGGGGCGUCGAGUGCGGCGUGGCUGGCUACCCCGGAGUCUACACCGACGUCGCCGCCUUCGCCGCCUUCCUCGCCGACGCCACUGGAAGCGAUGGCCCCGACGUCGACGCUGCUGACGCUUCCCAGGCGCCAAGCGUAGCGACGCUCGCGACCUCCAGUGUGAUCGCCACUUUGAUUGGCAGGCUCUGA